AUGCAGACUGCUCGCUUGGACCUCGUCCGCCUCACAAAAGAUCACUUGCCGGGCUUCCAUGCUGUAUGGUCUGAUCCUAUCGCCACCCAAUGGAGCCCGCACGGUGCCUGCAAGACACUUAAAGACAGUGAAGACUGGCUUGCCGGAUACCUACUCGAAAACAAUCCACUGGGAGAGAACUAUGCCGUCAUCCUACGUUCUGGCCUUGACACCAAGACCAGCAAGCAAACCAGCCAAGAACCCCAGGUCAACGAGACUGGAGUAGACGAGAACCACUCCAACGACUCAUAUCUACCUCCAGGCUUCUUCCUUGGAGUAGUCGGGACCUGGCGCUCAGACCCGGUGCCGGAGAUUGGGUUCAUCUAUAACCGUGCAGCGUGGGGCCAAGGGUUCGCGACCGAAGCAUUAACGGCGUUUUUGGAGCUAUUCUGGGACGCAAAGCCGCAGUUCAACGUGGUGCAGGGAUACUGCGAUACUGAAAACCUGGCCUCAAGCCGUGUCCUGGCUAAAUCAGGGUUCCAGAUGGUGGAAACCCUGAUAGGGGACUAUUCGUUGCCUUUGAGGAACCCCUCCCUACGGAGCAGUUUCAAAUUUGAAGCGAAACGACCUUCGAAAUAG